CGUAACUCUACAUGGUGUCGGAGUCGGGCUCGUCCACAGUAGGAUCCAAUUCUGGCAUCUUCCUGAAGAUCGACCGAACGUCACUUUUCACCCAACCUCGACGGCCCCAACAGCUCUCUCGAACGCAAAAGAAAACAAAAAAGCAAAAUCUCUCGAACCCUCACGACAACUCGAACCUCCCUAUAAAUGCCCCUCCCCUCAUCCGACUCAUCAUCAUCGAUCACCCAUCGAAAAACAAAACGCGACCGCGACCGAGUCGAAAAAACAUUCGGCCUUCCACGCGAACCAAAUCAAAUUAACAUGUCGGUCUGCCCAUUCGGAUUCGGGUCCCGCAGCGCUUACGACCCGUUAACCUCCUUCGACCUCUGGGAACCCUUCGCCUCCAUGUUCCCGUCCGAAACCUCCGCCUUCGUCAACGCCCGCGUCGACUGGAAGGAGACCCCCGAGGCGCACGUGCUCAAGGCAGACCUCCCCGGCCUCAAGAAGGAGCACGUGAGGGUGGAGGUGGAGGACGGUCACGUGCUCCAGAUCAGCGGGGAGAGGAGCAAGGAGAAGGAAGACAAGAACGACAGGUGGCACAGGGUGGAGAGGAGCAGCGGGAAGUUCGUGAGGAGGUUCAGGCUGCCGGAGAACGCGAAGAUGGAUCAGGUGAAGGCGACGAUGGAGGACGGGGUGCUGACCGUCACGGUGCCGAAGGCGGAGGUGAAGAAGCCUGAGGUGAAAUCCAUUGAGAUCUCCGGCUGAUGGUGAUGACCGACGAAGACGAUCGACGUGUAGCCGUGGUGUGCUUUGUACGUAUCCCCCAUUAAUUAACUAAGAAGCUGGUUCAGUUGGAGAAGUUUGGGGUGGGGGGGACCGAAUAAGGAACGUGUGUUGAGUCUGCGUUUGAUUUGCUUGCCCCGUACGUGUGUUUAUAUAGUUGUUUGAGUCAGUUUGUGUCUUUAUGGUCUGUUUUGAAAUAAAAAAGAGAUAUAUAAUCGUUAAUUAUAACGCGUUUUCU